AGCCUACAAAACUGGUUUGUCUCGUCUUGCGAGAUUCAGUCUAAGAGCGUCUGUUCGGUUGGAACUUCGUAGACGAUUGUUAUUAUUAAAUUUCAACGAUUAUGAUACGAUAAGAUUGACUCGUAAAUUUUCAUAGAUUUAUUUUUUAUCUCGCGAUUUUUCGAGUCGAUCAACACCAUUACCCGGAGAAUACUCAUUACAAUCCGCUUAUUUACUACAUAUCAAUAUGGAGAAAGUAACUUUCGAACCGAGGACAGUCCACAUUUUUGGACAUCAUCGACUCUAGCAUCCCCUUAAAAACAGGCAGCGAAGAGUUAAAUUCGUACGACGAUCUUCUUCUUCAGAAUGAGCCUAAUCACCGGUAUCGCGCCGAUCAUCGUAGCCUUGGGGCUCCUGACUAUGAGCAACCUGGCGCACAGCAAGAGGCUAUUGAUCAUCACCCCAGCCCCAUCCUAUAGUCAUCAGAUAGUAUUUCGGGCACUGUGUCUCGCUUUGCAUAAACGGGGACACGAGAUAGUAGUAUUGACUCCCAACAUCCUAAAUGAUCCUACACUGACUAACUACACGGAGAUAGAUUUCGGCUUCGAAUACGAGAAGAUCGACGACACUGAUCUUAGUCAGACCCGUUGGAACCUCACGCAGCUUGGCGGACUGAAGACGAGAUUACUGAGAUUGGGUCACGAUAUCGCGGAGGACGUUCUCAGUCAUCCCGACCUCGUCAAGUAUUACGCGAAUGGGACUAUCGCACAAUUCGACGCGGUAAUAGCGGAGAUGAUCAUGACUCCCGCGAUCUACAUAUUGGCGCACCGAUUCAACGCCCCUUUAAUAGGUAUCAUGUCCAUGGACCUGCAAAACUGCCAUCGCUUCAACCUCGGCAGUCCAGUGAUGCCGUCGCAUCCCUCCAACUGGGAGAUCGAGAGCUUCACAGGGUUGCAUCUGCCGUUUUGGAGACGAGUGACGAAUUUCGUCAAGACCUGGUGGCACAUAUACACGUGGUUCAACAACUUCGUGAACAAGCAACAAGAGAUCGCCGAAAAAUAUUUCGGCAAGGAUAUACCGCACAUCGUUGACGUUGCGAAAAAUAUGAGUCUUAUCUUGAUCGAUCAAGAGCCACUGCUGGCGUACGCGAGACCUGAGAUUCCGAAUAUCGUUCACUUCAGCGGCCUGCACAUCGCAAAAGCACCGCCGCCGUUAUCACAAGAUCUGACAAAUUUCUUGGACGGCGCGACGAAUGGCUUCGUUUACAUGAGUCUGGGAACUAAUGUGAAGAGCAAAUUAUUACCGAAGGGAAUGCUGCAGAUAUUUACCAACGCCUUCGCCGACCUGCCGUACAGGGUGCUGUGGAAAUUCGAGGACGACAACUUCGACGUGCCGCCCAACGUUUUUAUCUCAAAGUGGAUCCCGCAGCAAGGUGUAUUGGCUCAUCCGAACAUCAAGGGCUUCAUUUAUCAAGGCGGGCUACAGAGCACCGAAGAAGCGGUUCACUACGCCGUGCCGCUCAUAGGAAUACCAUUUGUCUUCGAUCAAGUGUAUCAAGUUAUGAAAAUGGUCUCGCUGGGAGUCGCGAAACACUUGGAUAUAGUACAGCUUACGACGCCAGAAUUGCGCGACACCAUUCUAGAAGUCACUAGUGAUAAGAGAUACAAAGAUAAGAUGUUGGCGGUACGUGCUCUCACAAAGGACAAGCCUUAUGAUAGCUUGGAGAACGUCAUAUGGUGGAUCGAGUACGUAAUGCGUCACAAUGGUGCGCCCCAUCUGCGUUUCGAUGGAGCCGAUAGUACGUGGUAUCGGCAAUUUGAUUUAGAUAUCAUCGUGUUCUUAACGAUAAUGUCGUUUUUGUCUUUGUGCGCUCUCUUCGGAGUUUUGGUAUGGGUAUCGAGACUAUUGUAUCACGAGAACAUACCAUUCGCGAGGAAAAAAGUAAAAUUGACAUAA